CAGUUUCCGUUCACAUGACUUGGUUUCAUCUUCCAUAACGAUAAGGUUUUAAUUCGCAACACUACCAAUUCCUCUAUCACCAUCAACCAAAGACUUCCAUAUCGUAACAAAGCGUCGAAAUGGCUGAAAACGUCUUUAUUUUAUGUAAAGCUGCUUGACUGAUUCUGAGUGUUAUAGUCUGAGAGGUUUAAUUGGCAAGAGUGGCAUCUUUGAUAAGGGUAAAGCAAAAAGAUGGACAAAAUACCGCCGCAAUUAGCUUUCUUCAUUGGGUAUGCUGUGGCGGUAUUCCUAAGCAACACAAAUCACUGGACUGAAUCCAUUGACUUUUAUUUGGAAUGCCUUGCGCUUUGGAAUUCUGUAUCAAAGACGAAGACUUCCCCAGUGAUGAUUCUAAUUGAACGAGUGAUACGAGAAAAAGUUGCAAAGGGAGGACUCUUCUUUUACGAAUGGGGAAAGAUAUGUUAUGACCUCGGUCAAGUUAAGGAAUCAAUAAAAUGCUUUGAAAAAGCGCUGACCCUUUUCAGUCAUAUUGGUUCCAAACCAUACGAGGCAUGGUGUCACUGCCGCUUGGGCAGAUCGCUCCACAUUGCUUGUCAGUAUGAAAGAGCCAUGGAACAUUAUGAAAAGGUUCUCAGUGGUGUUCACGAAAUAUCCUCAAAUGACAUAAGACAAGAGCUCCAAGCAAGAGUGUACAACAACAUCGGUGAGGUCAAGCAUUAUCGUGGAAGAUGUGAGGAAGCUAAAAGCUAUUAUGAGAAAGCUCUUGAGAUUAGCAUUAGAGCAGGAAAUGAGAUAGAUAAAGCAGUAAGCCUCAACAACCUGGGAGUUUUGCAUCAUAACUAUCUGUCUAAACUUGAUGAAGCACUUAACUUCCAUGAAAAAGCACUCGAAAUUCGUAGAAGACUUGGAUGUAGAAGAGUAGAAGGAACGUCCUAUACCAACAUUGGUGGAGUCUAUGAGGCCCGUGGUGACUAUGAAAAGGCAUUGGAAUAUUAUGAAAAAAGCUAUGUAAUUAGUUUAGAAGUCAAAGACAAGGUGCUAGAGGGAAAGAGUCUCUACUUCAUUGGAAAGGUUCAUAAGCUCCUAGGUCAGCUUCAAAAAGCCAUCGAAUACCACGAAAGAGCCCUACAAAUCAACCGGGAGACCGGUGUCAAAACAGCUGAAGUUCUCAGUGACCUUGCAAAUCACUAUAUAUGCCUCGGUGAUUACGAGAAAGCAGGUCGUUAUCAUGAAAAAGCUAUUAACAUGUGCAAAGAAAUAGGGGAUAUCGAACACCUGGGAAUUUGCUUAAGCAAUGCCUAUCAACUGCCUCUUUAUCUUGGUGAAUAUGAAAAAACCAAGACAUGUUUAGAAGAGGCUAUAACUUCUCACGAAAAGACUGGAAACAAAUUGUUCCUAGCUACGACACUUUUUAAUAUCAGUAGUGUAUGUGAGCAAAACCAGGAAGCAAGCGAUUACCUAGAGAAAGCUCUAAAAAUCAGUAGAGAAACCCAACACAUACACGCAGAGACAAUAGAAUUAAGCUCUUUGGCGUCCAUGAAUUUUUCUCUUGGAAAAUAUGAACAAGCCAUUGAGUAUACUGAAAAAGCACUGAAAAUUGCUGAGGAGAGAGGUGAAAAAGAAACAGAAGUGUCUUGUUAUAUUGUCCUCGGUUGUGUAUAUUUCGCUCAAAGUCAGAACGAGAAAGCAAUCUGGUAUCAGAACAAAGCGCUUGAAAUGAAGAAGGAAAUUGGAAUCAAAGAUCAGUCGCAAAUCGAUGUUCUACACAUCUUAGGCCAAGCAUAUUCCUCUCAGGGAAACCUCUCGAAGGCGACAGAAACCUUCCGUGAAGGAAUGAAAAUCCACCAAAGUACUCGUUCUUCCCUUAGAGAUGAAACAAACAAGAUUUUAUUGGAUGAUCAGAACCUUUCUUGCUACAAAUCUCUUUCGUGGCUUCUUCUUUGCGAGAGGAAUUUCGACCAAGCCCUUUUCACUCUAGAGGUCGGACGAAGUCGUGCCCUGGUUGAUCUUAUUUCGAAGAAUUACGGAAUCAGCAGGAAUCCUACUCAAAAUGAGUUAACUCCAAAUGCCCUUCAGAGCUUCUUGAAAGAACAAAAGAAGAACUUUCUCUUCAUAGCAACGUUGAAAAUGAAAAGUUUCUCCUUGUGGUUUGUCGACACAGGAGGAAGUGUAAAAUUCAAACAGGUCAAUGAAGACUUGGAAACGGAGCUAUCAAAAGAAAGUAGUGCCACUGAAGAGCCUGGAAUGGAUACUUCUUCGUCAACUUUGGAUGACCUGCAAUGUGAGGAUCGUUCAUUGGCCUCGCUGUAUGAAAAUGAUGUAUUGGCUUCACGAGAACAAAAGUUAGAACCAAACAAAGGUUCCGUGAAAAUGCAAAUGAAACAAAUCGGAAGCAAAUCUUACACUAGCCUUUCCGAUAUGGUCAAGUUGUACGCUGCCUUGAUUGCUCCUAUUUUUGAUCUCAUAGACAGCCCGGAGAUCAUCAUAUCCCCAGAACCUAGCUUUUUCUUGACACCAUUUGCCUCGUUAAAGGAUGAAAAUGGAAAGUACCUUUCUGAAACUGUGAGGGUCCGCCUCAUCCCGUCACUAACGACACUGAAGCUCAUUCACGACUCGGCAGCCAGUUACCACUCUCAAAGUGGAGCUUUGAUCGUCGGAGAUCCAGCGGUUAGCCUUGUAGAGAUAAAUGGAAGUGUAAAAACUCUGUCUCCAUUGCCUAAAGCCAGAGAAGAAGCGCAGAUGGUAUCAAGGUUGGUGGGAGUGCGCUGUUUGAUAGGAGAGGAGGCCACAAAGGAGGAAGUCCUGAGGAGAAUCCAAGAAGUGAGCUUAGUGCACAUUGCUGCCCAUGGUGAUAAACCCGCCGGGGAAAUAGCUCUUGCUCCCAACAGGUCUGUGGUUGGAGUUCCUAUGAAAGAAGACGUCUUGCUAACAAUGAACGACAUUGCUCAGGUUGGGAUCAGAGCCAAGCUGGUGGUACUCAGCUGUUGUCAUAGUGCUAGUGGGAAGACUUCCAUAGCCGAAGGAGUUGUUGGGAUCGCUCGCGCUUUUCUUGGAUCCGGUGCACGUUCAGUUCUGAUGUCAUUGUGGGCUGUCGAUGAUGGAGCUACUAAGACAUUUAUGAACAUAUUCUACAAGUCCUUGAUCCGCGAGAAACUCAGUGCAAGUGAAUCUCUUCACCAGACCAUGAGGAAGAUGCGAGAGUCAGAGCUGUACAGCGAUGAGAAGCAUUGGGCUCCAUUUGUGUUACUUGGUGACGAUGUAACUCUCACCUUUUAA